AAACUUCAGGGUGCUUUACCUAACCUCAAUUUUUCGCCUCUUUUGGGGUUUGUUUUGUUGCAUUUUUUUUUCAAAACUCUGUGAUAAUUUUUUGAUAUAUCUUUUUUUUUAAGAGUAAUGUUCAAGAAGAUUACAGCAAUUGGGGGUGGUUUCCUGGGGCUUAGCUCCUUGUAUUUUGUACAUUCCGGAAAUGAAACAUUCUACAGGAACAUCCUCAUGCCAACAGUGUGGCAACUGCCGGCGGAAAUGAGUCACAAAUUGGCAUUAGCAUCAUGCAAAUACGGCAUAAUGGGACAGCGGAAGUUUGUGGAUUCUGAGAGGCUCAAAACGUCUUUUGUUGAUAUAGCCCUGUCAAAUCCCGUGGGAAUUGCAGCUGGAUUCGAUAAACAAGCUGAAGCUGUGAGUGGAUUGCACAAAAUUGGAUUUGGCUUUGUGGAAAUUGGAUCUGUGACACCGGAACCACAGCCAGGGAAUCCAAAGCCUCGAUGCUUUCGUCUCGUUGAGGAUAAGGCGAUUAUAAAUAGGUUUGGCUUUAACAGCGAUGGGCAUGAUAAGGUACUGGAGAGGAUUGAAAAAUUGCGCAAAAAUGGAUCUUUCGCGGGAGUUCUCGGUGUUAAUUUGGGCAAGAAUAAGACAUCCCCAUCAGCUGCAGACGACUACGUGGUGGGAAUUGAACGUUUUGGUCCUGUGGCUGAUUACUUGGUGAUUAACAUCAGUAGCCCCAAUACACCAGGUCUGCGUAGUCUCCAGAGUAGGGAAAAUUUAAUUGAAUUGCUCUCUAAAGCUGUUGCUGCCAAGCGGAAGCUCUCCCGGAAUGUUCCACUUCUCCUGAAAAUAGCACCAGAUCUCAUUCUUGAGGAACUCAAUGAUAUCAGUGAGAUUAUUGAGCUUGAAUCAUGCCGUGUGGAUGGAGUAAUCAUUAGCAAUACAACCAUCACACGACCACCUGAGCUUCAGAGUAGGUUUCGCAAUGAAGUGGGCGGUCUCAGUGGGGCACCACUGCGUGAUCUUUCCACGAAGGCCAUCGCCCACGUGUACAAAAGAACCGGAGGAAGGGUUCCCAUUGUUGGGGUCGGUGGAAUCUCCUCGGGACGAGAAGCCUAUGAUAAAAUCCUCGCAGGAGCAUCUGUUGUGCAACUGUACAGUGCCUUCGCCUUCCAUGGACCACCGAUCGUGAAUAAGAUCAAAAGUGAAUUGGAUGAGCUUCUUCGUAAAAAUGGAUUUAAGAAUGUUGCCGAAGCCAGAGGAAUGGCUCAUAAAUCAAAUUAAUCUUCUAUUGAGCAAAGACAAAGAAAAUAAAGUUUAAAAGACAACAA